AUGGCGACGGCGCUGCUCCUGGGCGCGGUGCUGCUGGUGGCGCAGACCCAGCUGGUGCCUUCCCGCCCGACGGCCACCGCGACGGCGACGGCGUCUCCCUGGGGGGCCGAGCCCAGGCUGCAGGAGCUCCCGGGGAAAGUGGGGUCCCUCCAGGCGGACGUGGGUGAUGGCGAGGGCGGCGACGGCGGCGGCGGCGCCCCCACCAACGGCUCGUCGGGGGCUCCGCAGCAGCAGCAGCAGCUGCCGCACACCAUCAUCAUCGGGGUGCGCAAGGGCGGCACGCGCGCGCUGCUGGAGAUGCUCAGCCUGCACCCCGACGUGGCGGCGGCGGAGAACGAGGUGCACUUCUUCGACUGGGAGGAGCACUACCGCCACGGGCUGGGCUGGUACCUGAGCCAGAUGCCGUUCUCGGCGCCGCACCAGCUGACGGUGGAGAAGACCCCGGCCUACUUCACGUCGCCCAAGGUGCCCGCGCGCGUGCACCGCAUGAACCCCGCCACCCGCCUGCUGCUGAUCCUGCGCGACCCCUCGGAGCGCGUGCUCUCCGACUACACGCAGGUGUUCUACAACCACCUGCAGAAGCGCAAGCCCUACCCGGCCGUCGAGCGGGUCCUGCUGCGCGCCGGCCGCCUCAACCCGGACUACAAGGCGCUCAACCGCAGCCUCUACCACGUCCACAUGCGCAACUGGCUGCGCUUCUUCCCGCUCGGCCGCUUCCACAUCGUGGACGGGGACCGCCUCAUCAGGGACCCCUUCCCCGAGAUCCAGAAGGUGGAGCGCUUCCUCCAGCUCGCGCCCCAGAUCAACGCCUCCAACUUCUACUUCAACAAGACCAAAGGGUUCUACUGCCUGCGCGACGCGGGCCGGGACCGCUGCCUGCACGAGUCCAAGGGCCGCGCGCACCCCCAGGUGGACCCCAAGCUGCUCCAGCAACUGCACGACUAUUUCCACGAGCCCAACAAGAAGUUCUUCCAGCUGGUGGGCAGGACCUUUGACUGGCACUGACGGGACGGCCGCACCCGAGUCGGAACUUUAU